AUGGCACCCAAUACACAGUUCAACAAGAACGUAGCAAUCUCACACGAUGCAACUUUCGACCCUGAAAACUUGAAGGGCAAAAGUGUGAUCGUCACUGGAGGAGCAAGCGGGAUUGGCGAGGCUGCUAUGCGUAGCUUUGUGAAGGCUGGCGCUUUUGUGACAUUUGGUGACCUGGUCUCAGAUAGAGGCGAAGCCCUUGUCUCAGAACUCGGGCAGGAGAACGUGGCCUUCGUGCCAUGCAACGUUUUGACCUGGAACCACCAGCUGAGCUUGUUUAAGACCGCUCUAGACAAGUCACCAUCGAAGACCAUCGAUGUUGUCUUUGCAAACGCUGGGCUCAACAAACAUGACGACAUUGUCCAACACGAAGCUGUGACACACGAUGGGGACCCUGUAGAGCCGGACUUUACAGUUCUCAAGACAAACUUGCUCGGUGUGGCGUACACGACGAAGCUGGCGAAUUUCUACUUCACCAAGCAAUCAAAAGGUGAUGCACGAGACAGCUGUCUGAUCAUUACUGCAAGCAUGUCUGGCUACAUCGAUCAUCCGGGCUCUCCCCAAUACAAUGCUUCGAAAUGGGCAAUAAGAGGAUUGAUGAGAAGUCUACGCCACACUGGUCCAUCUGUGGGCAUGCGUGUCAAUGUCAUCGCGCCAUGGUUCAUCCACACUCGCAUACUCUCUGAUGAAACUGCUCGCCUCCUCAAAGACGCUGGCUUUGACUUUGCUGACAUUGACGAUGCUGCCGCGGCUGUUCUUCACUUUGCUUCGGACAAAGAGAUCAAUGGUCGAACAUUUUGCGUUGCCCCCAAAGCAGUCUCUAAGCGCGGAUACUACGACCUUGAGAAAGACGAUUGGAACCCGGAUGACAGCAUAACUUUUUGGCAAGAGCUAGCAUUCAAUCUAGGUGCUAAAGUGCGAAGGCCAGAUCGAAGUGGCUGA